AUGUUUCAACCUGUACGACGUGACGGGCCAGGAAACAUGCAGCCAAACCUCAUACAGAGCCAAAACGACGCCAACGCCAAGGAGAAGUCAGUUUCCUUUCGAAAAAACUUUCUUCGGUCUUCAUGUUGCAAAUCGACUUCUUUCAGGCUUUCAACCUAUAUUUACGAGUAUUUGAGCUCAACUGGCGCUUCGAAAACAGCAGAAACUUUCAAAGAGGAAGUUCUCAAUGUAGGUUAUUUUUUCUAAAUGAAGAGAAUUUAUCGUAAGAUUUUUUCAAAAACUUUUUUGAUAUACAGAUUUCUAUCAUUUCAUAUAUUAUUUUCGAACUUUCCAGAAUACACCAUCUUUCGCCAAUUACAAACCCGAUGGAAAAUCCUCUUUUCUGCUGGAUUGGUGGACGUAAGUUGUCCUUUUGCAUAUUCAUUUUAUUUUUUUACUUUUUCUCUCAUGAUCAUAGAUUAUCAUGUAAAGUAUGACCAUCUGAUAGUUUCACUGUGUCCAUAUUUAAUAAUUAUUCAACGUUAUUUUUCUAUCAAAAAUAUAGUAUUUUUUUGGCAUUUUUUUCUUGGGUUUCUGGUUGAAUUACUGAACCUGGAUAGUUGUCAUGAGCAUUUUUUUCGAAAUAUUUUUUUGGUUUUUUUAGUUUCUGAGUUGUCAAUAAAUUGAAAAAAAUCGUGGAAAAAGUUAUCAACUGACCGAUUUGUUUUUUUCAUUGUUUCAUCAAAUACAAGGGCCGUAUGAAAAAAAAUCGCAUUUACCGCGUUUACGCAGAAAUGGCAAAAAAAUCUUAAUAUCGCACAUUAAUUUGAAAAAAAUUUUUGAUAAGCCAAUAGAUAAAACUCUUAUAAAAAAGUUGUCUUUUGAGAACUUUUUUUGACUUCUAAAGAGCAAGUUAGAGUUUCUGCAUAAGGUCUCAGAAAUCAAAUGGUCCAGGAGGAAAAGCUGUCUCAGAAAAGUUUUAAGAAUAAAAGAAAUCAUACGUUGAGUUUUAACCUGAAGAAGGUUUUACUAGCUUCAAAAUAAAAAGACUCGCGAGGAUAAGUUUAUAAAUUAAAUAAUAGAAAAUGGCCUGUCCCUAUAUGUUGAUAUUUUUUUAUGACAGGGCAAACAAAUAUAUUUAUUAGGUUGGCAUGAAAGAAAUGCGGCUCGAUUUUGUCGGCUUCUAAUUCAUCCGAGAAGUAAUAUUAUUUGGAACGGUGUUUUUAGUCGAAAAGGGCUUGUCCUUGUGCGUCAUUGGAUAUAUAAUUUGCUGACGUUCAUUCCGCCUUUCUAUAAAAAAAAUAGCUCUGAAAACUUCCUUUCAAAAAAUGUAUUCGCGAACCUAGCUUUCGCAUUAUUUCAAAAAGUACAAAUCAAAUUUAGAAGCUUGGCACCUUUCAAUAUUAUGAUCACCAAUGAUGCUUUUUUCUGAUAGUUAACAUUUUGAAUUGCUUUAGCGCUAUUCACUAGGCGAAAAGACCUUUGAAAUCAAAAAACACGAAGAAAUCGACGAUAAAGGCUAUUUAAAAAGGCCAUUAGACUGGAUCCACAACAGACACCUGUGAAACUGGCUCAUCAGUUAUUACACACCAAUAUCUGCAAAAGAAAACAAAUUUUUCACGCAACGGAGUGCAAAAAAGGAGGAAUGAAAAAUGGCUUCACGGUAUCGCUUUUUCGUUUUUUUGCGAAAAUGUGUUAGCCCUGAAUCAGAAAAACUGUUCUGCAAAUUUCUGCUUUUUCCGCUACAUUGCUCAGACAUGGCUCUUCGCAUUUAUCAUCUGUCCGAAUCAUUAGAUCGCUUAACAGCCAAAAAAAAAUUGAAAAACUCCGAUGAAGUCCAAAUUUGGGGGUGCAACUUCUUUGACUCGUAGGCGGCCCAGUUUGUCAGCGAGAGUAUCCAUUCUCUGCGUGAGCAUUGUUGUCAAGGUGCUGAUACAGAUAUAAAUUACAGUUCGAACUGAUUUGUGAUAACCUUGUUUUUAUGAUAAAAUUAAAGGACAUCAAAAACACGCAUUUCUUUCCUGCCACCCUAAUAAUUCCUAAUUUUGACACUCUAUUUAUUUUUCAGUUUACACGGUGUACAAUUCAUUUUUUGUGGCGAAUUCCGAGAAAAUUGAAUUUUUCAGUGUUUUCUGGGACCUGUAUUGUGCGGCUCCUGAGCGGAGAGAUUCGGCCGAUUCUACAACCGAGGCAAAAUAUUUCCAUGACGUUCGUUUUCAACACGUAUUUUGCACAUAAAUAAGGCGUUUCAGAAUUUUAUUUCCGGUUUUGGUCCAUGUGGAAUGAACGGAGGACCUCCAGUGAGUUGAAUUUUCUCGAUUUUUCUCUUUGAUUUGUUCCUAUCGAACUGUAUGUUUUGCAGUUCGGAGCUCCUGGAAUGGGAAUGCCAGGUCCUGAGGGAAUGAUGGGAGGUACGUUUUUUACGUUGUUGCUUUUUUGUUUUCAUUCCAGUUCAUUUGAAUAAUUGUUGAACUUUUAUAAUUUUUGAAUUUGAAAAAUUGUUUCAUGUUAGAAAGCUCUGAAGUAUUUUGGUAAUAGUGAGAUUAUUUAUUUUUCCCAUAGGUUCUUCAAUUUUCGAUCUAUAACUUUUCAGGACGAACUGGUGGGGUUUUAAAAUUUUUAUUCGAAUUUUUUUUAUUGCCUUUUUCAUCGUCUUGCCAGUUUCGAUCACAAUUCCGAAAAUUUCUAAGUUCCUGUUUCUGAUAAUGUUAAGAUCAGUUUUUUCGAAAUUUGUUGAGUUUGAUUUUCAUGAUUAAUUUUGGAAUAUAUUUGGUUUUAUUUUGUUUCAAAAAAGGCGAACCAGGAUCAUGUUGUUUCACUGAAGGAGGUCAAAGCCAAUUUUUUGUGACAAGAAUGUUCAUCCUUCGCAUCAUAGUUCAAAAAAUUCGCAAAGAGUUGGUUCUGCAGUUCAUCCGGGCGGCUUCCCAGGCCGCUUUCCACCUGGUCGAAUGCCUCCAGGAGCGAUGCCGCCAGCCGGUUUCGGCAUGUUCCCGGGAGAUCCGCGGAUGGCGAGAAUGCCGCCGACGUCGAUGCGAAUGCCUCCUGGCAGCUCCUUUCCUGGCGCUCAGAUGCGACCAGGAGUUCCCCCAGCUGGUGCUCCCCCAGGAGCCUUGCCACCAGGUUCGUUCGUUUCAUUUUUCUUACCGGAAAUUUCCUUUUCAAAGCAUUCACUCUUGCACGCAGACACUCUGUGGCGGCGAAAAAAAUGUUUUAUUUCACAUAAAUGACCGAGAGUUUUUACUAAAAAUGACUUUUCUGCACUCGUUCUUUCGAUAUUUGAGGAAUAUUGACAAAAAGCGCUUCUUGAAUUUUUGAGAGAUGUUUCUUUUAGAAAAGUUGAUUGUAAUUAAUCCUUUUUGAAUUUCAUAACGUCCAACUUCGAGAAUAGCUUCGAGUGAAAUUGAAAUAAUGGUUUCAUAAUGUUUGUUAAGAAACAUUAUUUUCUUGAGGUAAUAAAUAAUGUUUUUUUCGAAACUUGGGUCAGUAAAAAAAUGAUUGAAAAUGGAAUUUCCGAAAAAAAUUAUAUAUUCCUCACUUCUGCUUUUUAUGGUAUGAAUACGUUUUUGCGCUUUAAAAAUUUUUUUCUGUAAACUUUUAGCGGCGAUUUGCAUUGAAAAAAAUUAAAAAAAGAAUACUUUUUUUUUCAGCCACCUUAGGCUGUUUUCUUAAGCGAAUAAUUAUAAAAGAAUGGAUGUCGAGAAAAUGUUUCCAGAUGUAAUUUUAAAUAGUUAGCAAAUGAGAGCUCUCCAAAAUGACUGAUGUUUUGACGUUUUGAAUAUUCUGACCGCUGAGAUCACAAAAUAUGGAAUGAACUAAAAACAAAUGACGAUUGGGUCGAUGGAUGUAACUCGAACGCUCAUUUAAUUCAACGUUGGGUUAAUGCGUUUGAACGAUGACUUUUUCUCAAAAAGAUCGCUUGUUCAGUAGUGAGAUUCAGAAAAAAUUAACGCCAGGCAUGUCAUUUUGGAGACCUUUUUAAAGGAUAUAGACGGAAAUCUUCUGGCGUUAAAGACCUUUUUUCGAAUCCUUUUUUCUCCGUAAAUGAUUUUCUUUUUUGCAGGAAUGCGAUACGGCGGAUUUAUGGAUGGCCAAGGGUUCCCCCCAGGCGCCAGCGGCAUGAUGCCUAACGGGAUGCCGAUGGCGAUGUCUUCUCCGGGAAUGCCUGGAGCCGUCCCUCCAGACGCCAAUGGACCGCCGCCUUUCAUGUCGAUGGGAGGCAUGCCGACGAGUUCAUCCGCGAUGCCGGUAUCUUUUCUUUCGAUUAAAAAAUAUGCUUUUUUUUCUUUUUUGCCUGUUUUUGCUCUCAUUUUCGACGUCUUUCCCAAUGAGGAAUGAAUAGUAAUUCAAAUUUAUCAACUUAAUUUCGCUGUUAUGAAUUAUGGUAACUCAUCCUUGCAAGUGCCGUGAAAGUCACUCAGUACUCAUGAAAACUUUAUUUUUAACUGAAUUUUAAACAAAUGAUUUGGUUGUUUUUAGUUCGGAAUGGGCGACACGUCAGUGACGAUGGGCAACGGAAGCGUAGUAGCGCCUCCAGUUUCUGAAGGCGUUCCGUCUAGCAACGCUUCUGGAAUCACGCCAGGCAUAGCGACGGCCCUCAACGGCGACGAGUUGAAGCAGUCGCCUGCGUCGACGCCUCGCGCCGCUGGCGUCACAGGAGGGACUCCGGCGCCAGGUCCUGGCAGCGCCCAGAGCGGUGCUCAGCCCAAUACGCCCCUCGCAAACGUCGGAUCCGUCGGAGCCCCUCCGAUUGGUGACUCUUCUAAACAGGUUCGAUUUAACUUAUCUUCAAAUCAUUUUAAAAUGUUUUUUUUUAAAUCUAGUAUUUCUUUUUCUAAUAAGGAAGGUUGUUGUAUUGAUCCUCAUCAUCGUUAACUGAGUAUAGAUAUGAAUAUUAAAAAUUUGUCAUCGCUUUCCCAAGCGUGAUCAUCUUUCAACGGCGAUAGUUUUUUUAUAAUUCAUUUCCAAAACCUUUUUUUGUGCGGAGAACGACUUUCAUUUUUUAUCUAGUACUUCAAAGUAAUUUUUUUUUCGCGUUAAUUUAAAAGAAAUCGCGAAAUUCUUUAAGAUCGAAAAAAAAUUUCAAGAGAUUUCUAGCACUAUGUACCAUUAGAUCGAUUUUUUCGCAUUACCCAAAAUCAUCUGAAAAGCCAUCACGAAUUUUAAUAUAAUUCAUAAAACUUUGACUCAUAAGAUAUAUUUUUUAUAAAAUGUAUCAUAAAUUCUCUAGAGGAUUAGUUUUUUGCAGUUCAUGCAAGACGACACGGAGAUAUCAAAAAUAAAAGAAGGCCUGCUCGACGGCUUCGAUCUGAAACAGGAGACCAACCCAGGCGAAAGUUUUUUCUCCUAG